UCGCCAUAUUGCUAUCUUGGAUCGCUCUGUGACAAAGAACCAGGAAAAAACAACUAAAAUUGGAUGCUAUAUUGGAGACGCACUUUGCACAUAUUUUCUAUCUUCUAUGUCCGAUGUGCUGUAGUCUGCGUGAAAUGAUUUUACACAGUUUUGCUCCCAAUUUCUGAUGUAGGGCCUGUUCCCAUGUUACAAAUUCCCCUCCGCCUUGCGGGGAGAAGCCAUUCUGGCAUAGGCCUACAACAAAGGAAAACUCGGGAUAGUCCUUGGCUAAUCGGACUAUAGACCUGUCUACCAGAUGAGACUUGAUCACCAUAAAAUCUAGGCUUACUAGUUAAGCCCAGACACCAAAAACUUCGAUUCCAGGAUGAAAUUUAACUGAAAAUGAAGACUUGUUUACAAAAACUGUGAUGAUUAAAACUAUGGAUGAAGACGACCAUGACACACAGGUUUUGAAUGAAUACGAAGACCAAAACCGCAAUGUUGAACAUGAAGAAAUGCUGGAUGACCCAGACCGACAGCAUUCGGAUGAAUUCCAGGAGAACUAUUUCGCCCACAAGAAGUUUAAGCAUCGGCACCGUUCGGAGAGUUUGGACAAACCGUGUCGUCAGCCGUUCCAGUUGGAACUGGAGAAUGAUGGGGUGUACGUGUCGCCUGGCGGACAUAAACACAAACACAGACACAAGAAGUUCCGCAGACACGAGGUUGAAGACGACAUGUCACCGCGCAGUGAUGGCGCUAGGAGAAGUCUUGAUGCGGAGACCUCGCCAGAUUCCAGCGUGACGUCGCGACAGGUUUCCCGGGACGAUGAUGUCGUGGGAUUGGAGGAUGGGGAGCUGGAAGAUGGGGAGCUCGAUGAUGAUGAAGGGGUGGCUCCCAAGGAGCGACACCGUGAAAGGAAGCACAAGAACCACAGUCAUUCCAGUCAUCAUGUUGAAAAGUCGCCACCAAAAGAAAAUCAAGAAUUAGGAGAAAUGGUUUCUGAAAAUGUAUAUUUGGAAGAAUCUAAAGAGGAAGUUAUGCCAGAAAAGAAUAAAAAGGAAAGAAAGAAAAAUAAAAGAGCACACAGGCUUGCAAAGAAGAAAAACAAAGAAGAAAAGAAGAAGAAUUCCAAGCGCCACCAUUAUGUGGACUAUGAUAAAGUGGAGGAAAAGGAGGAGGACUGGACCCGGCCAAAGAAGAGUCGUUCUUCACCUGGUCCCUACGACAGUCCGAAUCGGAGUCCUCACCGAACGUUUGGCAGUCCACACCACCGGGGAUCACCACGCAGAGAUCGGAGUCCACUGGGUGGCUACGGCAGUCCUUACCACAGUCCACCUGGCCUCUAUGACAGUCCGUCAGAUGAGUCUGGGGAAGAAACCAGUGUCCCAAAAGUUGCAAAACCUAAAGAUGUUCAACCUGAAAAGCCACAGUUUGGGAAAAAGCGAGGUCGAGAUCGGAAUGGUGGUACAAAGAGAAAAAACAAAGAUAAUGACUCGCGCCGAGAACCAUCGAGAAAGCGCCCUCUUCUGGCGGAGAUGCCCAUGCAUGAGAGACCGCAUUGCAAGUACUUCAAGGAAGGAAAGUGUUCCAAGGGUCAUGAAUGUCCAUUCAACCAUGACUUCAGACCUCCAGGGAAACUAGAAGUGUGCAAGUUUUACAUCAAUGACACAUGUGUUAAGGGCAGUCGCUGCACAUACAUGCACAGUGAUUAUCCCUGUAAGUAUUUUCAUACUGGGCAGACAUGUUACCAAGGUGAGAGCUGCAAGUUUUCACACGAGCCAUUAAACGAAGAAACUGCAUUGAUUGUUGAGAAGAUGAAAGAAAAUAGGGACUACCCAAUUGAUGUUGCACCAAGACCAAGUCUGUUAGGAUCUCCACCUAGAAAUCCUGUAAAGAAAAUUCCUUCCAUCUUUGACAUUGAAGUUUUCCCACCUAACCAACACCCCAGCCCAAGAAAACUUGGGGCCUCUCCAGCCAGGCCCAGUGGGUUCUACAAUGACCUUGGAUCUCAGAAUGGACCUCAUGAUGGGCCCCAGGGCCCAAAACAUUUUCAAGGUCCCUGUCAGAAUGAUGGUCCAUCAAGGUUUUCUGGUCACAGUGGUUCAGACUCGGAAGGUCCACAUAUGCAAGGUACCGGGAACGAAGGUCACAGAUUUCCAAAUCCAGGUGAUGGUCCCCGAUUCAACGGACCAUGUCCAGAUGGUCCUCGGUUCAGUGGAUCUGGUCCCAAUGUGCCACUGAGACAGAAUGGUCCGGUUGAUGCUCCCCCACGUUUUAAUGGGCCAGCAACAGGACCAUCUCCAGGACCAGAUAUUCCUUCAAGGUUCAGUGCACCAGGAGGCAUGGACAUUCCACCACGGUACAACGGACCUGGUCCAGACGGACCACGCUUUCAGAAUCCUGAUGGUCCUGCCAGAUUUGCACCUCGUGGUCCAGGACAGAAUGCAGGUCCUGGAUUUGGACCAGGCCCAAGAUUUGGUGCGGGACCUGGCUUCAACCAAGGUCCAAGUCCAAAUUUUGUUGCGCCUCAUGGGCCAAACUUUGGUGUACAUCCACAAAGAGGUCCAGGCCCAUUGGCAUUUAACAACCCCGCCGCACCUGUACUUAACAUGCUAGGAGCAAUCUUAAGCCAAGCCCCACCGGAACUGAUCCAGAGUGCCCUGGCUCCUCGAGUGAUGCCACAACUCGGCAACGAGACAGGUCCUCUUGAAGACCACAGGGGUCCUCCUGAAGAGGGACGGGGCCCUCCUGGUUCUAAAACUACACCUGAUUCCAGCCCGGAGCACAGACAGAUGCAAGCACCACUUGCUGAUGUGGAUCAGAGAGAGGUGAAGCCGACUCGAGAUCCAAGAGCUAGACUGCCAGAACAGGCGGACUCUGAUGUGAUGAAUAAAGGGUCUCCGCACCAUGCUGGGGAGUAUCAGGAUGUGAUGAACAAAGAAUCUCCACACCAUGUUAGCGAGUAUCGGGAUCCCAGGUCAAGUGCUCCAGAAACACACGAUCCACGAGCCAGGAGGCCUUCACAAAAAAAUUCUGAAGAGGCUGAAAGUGUCCAGGAAAAGAAAACGCCCCAAGAACCUAAUGUCCCUAAUACAGAAGAGCUUCCCUCAGUACACCUGGAGGAUGAUGGGUUUGACCCACUAACCACAGACACGGCGGGUGUUGCUUUAAUGCACUUGCCUCCCAUGCAACGCGAACUCUUCUUGCGGAUACACCAGCAGCAGCAGCGAGCUUCGGCCAAAGACAACAAAGGGGAUGCUGCAGACGCGGGGGAGGAUGCGGCUGACAAGGAGAAAGAUGAUGAUGACUGGUAUUCCAGUGAUGAAGAAGGGGGCGGGGCACCUAAACUCACCGACGUCUUGAAGAAUCUGAAUAAACAGCCAGUUCAAUCGACUCCCGAGUCGCCACAGCCUGGAAAGCCAACCACAGGUUCUACGUUCGACAUCAUGCAGAUGAUUCAGUCGAUCAAAAAACAGGCAACCACUGACAGUACUCCUAGUUCUCGGAAUUCGCCACGGGACUCGAGAGAUCCCCGUCAAAGAGGUUCUCGGACUGACCCUAGGAAAAGUCAGACACCAAAAGAAAGGCUAGAUACGGGAGGCAUUCCAGGCUUGCCCUGUGGACAGUUCCCCGAAUUCCGUCUGCCUCCUCUCCACGUCGAUCCACCUGUGACCAAUGCAGUGAUGUUAACAAUGACGUAUCGCAUGCACUUGGUGGAUGUGAAUCCACAAAAACCAUACUAUUCAAUACCCCCAUGCAUCGAUCCAUGGCAUGAAAAAUUCAAGUCUGAUCCUAGAGUUCAAAAAUAUAUUGCUAGAACGGGUGGUAGGAAGCCUGCCAACAAGAAUCAGGUUAACGGUGAAAGUGAUUCUGUUCCCAAAUCUCUCGAUCCAAGAAGGGCCAGGCAGGCGAGUAUUGACAAAAAGGACAAACUUGGUUCCAGUUCUCAACAGCAGAAAAUGAAAGAUCCGAGAAUUAGAAAGACAGAAUCAACAGACGAUAGGGUUCCUACCAUUAACCCUGACCUCCCACCUAGUCUCCAAGCACGAACAAUGUCGGAUCACUUGCCACCUCAUAACCCACCAGAUUCUAGGCUCUCCGAUCAUCAUCUUCAAAGGAUGUCGUCGCUUCCUCUUCAAAACAUUCAAGGUCGCAGUCUGGAUCCACGCCGAGCACAGAAGAAUCAAAAUCCUGUACCUCCAAUCCCACAGUUGAAUCCUCAUCUGUUCAACCGUCAGCAUAGUCUGGGUAGUUUGCCCAACUUGCCUAACUUGCCUAACUUGCCUCCUGCAUCAGGGGGUUUACCAUCUCUAAAUAUUCCACGUUUUCCAAACAAUCCGAGAAUGAUGAUGGAUCCUCCAUUCACAAACACUGGCAAGCUGGAUGGAGACCCGUGGUCGCCAGAUUUCACUGGACCUAUGGAGUUGAGAAAGUCUGAUCCUAGAUCAGGGGCCGACUCCAGAGUUGUGAACGAUUCGAGAGGUGAUGACGGCAUGAAAAUGCCGCCCAUGGGUGGGAUGCACGGUGGUAAAAGACCAUCAGCUGACCCCAGGGCUGCAAGGAAAAACUCGGGUGGGCCAAAUCAGUCAGCUGAUCCACAAUUGGCUCAAAAUACAGAAACAGUUGACGAUAACUCUGGUACAAGUGAUUCUACCCAAGGUUCUAAUGACAGCCAGUCAAAUGAACCAAAAAACAAAUUUGACCAUCGAAACAAUCCCAAGUUUAAGCGCAAACCUGCUUCGUUGUCGGACACGGCUGAAAAACGCUUCACUGGCCAGAGAAAGAGCAGUAUGGAGUACAGUUCUCCGCUGGGUAUGAACGACAGUGUGGAGACCCCAUCGGGUUAUAACAGUUACAACAGACCAGUGGCAAACCCACCUCGCCGAACAAAACCAACGGAUGGCGACAGUUCAGGAGGGGCGAUGCUGGGUGCUGAUUCCGUGGGAACGGGUGAACAAAGUGUGUCAGCAGAACAAGGUGACGGUUUUAGCUUGCCCAACAUGAUGGCUCCCCCUCAGGUUGCCCCAGCGCAUGGCUUGCAGGAACCGCCACUAAAAGACUUGUUUAAAUCUAUAGACCCAACUGCAUCACCCUUCUGUUGAAAUAUGAAUGUGUAUGGAAGGAAAAAGAAUGUUGUGAAACAAGUUCUGUUUCAAAAACCAGUAGGUGUUGAAACAUGUUCUAUGUGUUACAGAAACCAGUAGGUGUUGAAACAACAUGUACAAAUGUGUUCUCUUUCAAAAACCGUCAUCUCUGGAAACAACAUAUUGAAACAUGUUUGUUGUGUCUGUAUUACAGAAACCAUGUUCGUUCGUUACAGAAAACAUCAACUGUUAAACAUGUUUUGUGUGUUUUAAACAUGUUCCACCUAACAAAAUCAGCAUGUUCAACAUAUUGUGUUUACAGAAAUCGGCAUAUUCAACAUGUUUGGUGUACAGAAAUCGGCAUGUUCAACACGUUCUGUUUACACAAAAUCAGCAUGUUAAACAUGUCCGGUUUACAGUAAUCUGCAGGUUAAAACAUGUUCUGUGUGUUGGGGAAAACUAUUAAGUGAAAUAUAUUCUGUUUGUUCUAUCUGACGGAAACUAGCAACUGUUGAAAUCAUCAUAGAAAUAUUUGUUCAAAUGUAUACCACAUUAUUUGUGAAAUGUUCCAUGAGUGAUGAAAAUACCUUUUUACACCAAGUUGAACUUGCCAAACCCAACCAUGCCAUGUUUAUGUAAAUGACAUUGAGCAAGCAACUUCACACUGUUAAUGUCUGUGUGUAACAGAUUAUUAACAUUGCAUAUACACGUUUAUGUGUGAAGACUUUCAUUUCACAAAGAUCACAGCCAUGACAUUUUAUACAUCUACUUAAAAUAUCGAUCAAACUUUAAAUUUUUUCCAAUACAUUUGAAUCGGUUAAAUUAACUGCUUCCUACAAAUAACAAGUAGUAUCCAAAUUUGUUCUGAGCAUUCUGGUUUUUUUUUUUUUUACCGUGUGUUAAAAAACUGGCAUUUUUAAAAUGUCUUUUCAAGUACUAAUCCUAGGUGAAACUGAAAGAAAAACAUGUUUCAAAUGCUACCACAACAACAACAUGCAUAAUAUAUACCCAUAAUAUUGAAGUUGUAUGUAAAGAAUUGAUCAGACGUACUCUUAAUACUGUUCAGUGUUGUUGGGUGUAGUCUAGAAGUGAAAUUUCAGUUUUUAAUGAACAUAGUUCAUAGUUGUAUCAGGUGCUAGAAUAUUGUGUGAUGACCAAGUGUAAAAUUCAUAUUUCUUGUCAACUGUUUAACAACUAACUGGAAAUGUAAAUAAGUUGUCUAUUGACUGUUAACAUCAGAUAGAAAUGUGUUAUUCUCUUUGUCAUUGUUACCGUAUCGUUGUUGCUACAUUGCUUUAGAAUAUGUAAAGUAUUAAAUAACCACAUAAUGACAUUUCAUAAUAUGUUUACAUUGAUGCAAGAAAAGAAAUGUUUAACACCAUCUUGCACACAAUUUAAGCUGGACCCAAUUUAAAAAAAAAAAAAUUAUAACAAUUUGGCAAAUUUGGUCUGAAAUUUGCAGCCAAAUUCAUGUUUGUAUUAGACCUGCUUUCUAUUAAUGCGAUUUCUGUUUCUGUGUGCAAGUUUAUCGAUGUAGUACAUAUACAUUAUACAUCGUACCUUUUCUAUAUGCAUGCAUGGGCAUUCAGUGCAUUAUAAUGUGGUGACGUCAAUGCAAUGUAUUUUCUUUAAGUUUAAAAGUACACUGACUAUGUCAAAUUGUUUUUAGUAAACUGCUGAAAAUGCAGAUUAGGAAAAGCACAUUUUCGUCGCAUCGAUGAAAAGCAGGCCUUUGCCAAAGUGAAACGGCUAAAAUGGCAGUUGAUCUACAAGAGGCACAUAACUUCAGCAUUCACUUUAUGGCUGAUUGAUAAUGGAUAAAAAAAAAAAAAAAAGUGAAGAGUUAUGAAAAGAAACACAUUAUUGCCUCAGAAAUUAUUGCUCUUGCAUCAGGGUUUUUUUUGGGUCAAUAUCAAACAUGUUUAACUGUCACAUACCAGUAGACGCCCUAACCCAUGGCCAGUUUAUUAUAGAUUUAACUAAUUAUAACAAUUAUAUAUAUGUAAGGUGCUAAAUACGUGUAUUUGUAAAAGUAAGCUGUUGUUGUGUGCUUAUUAGUGUUUAAAGGUCAAAUGUAGGAGGCUUAAUCAGUCUUGAUAUAUAAAUUUAAAAACAAAAAUAUAUAUGGAUGUACAGUGAAACCCCUCAAAACCGGACCCUCAGUAAACAGGAAUUCCCUCAAAACCGGACAUUUUACACGGUCCCGUAAUUUGCGUAUUUUUUAACACUAAAAUUUACCCAUCUAAACCGGAAACCCCUCUAAACUGCACCGGACGAAAUUAUCCGGUUCCAUUGUGUUCCUUUAAUGCAAAUUUUACCUCAGAAAACUGGACGGUCACACCGACGUCAAUCAUUAACUGCAUUACUUAUAUUUUGAAUACCCACUCGGCCGAUAACGUGAUGGCAUAUGCAGAGCUAAUUACAUGUGUGCAUGCUCCAGUGUCACUGUUGUGCAGGUGACAAAUACCAAUUGAGGGAUUAAUUAACAGCUUUGAUGUUUAAAUAAAUAGAAAACACAUGUACUCCCUUCAUUCUGAGCUCAAUUUAUACAAAGUUAGAUUAACUUACAAAUUUGAUCGAGUUUCCUUUUCAUAGCCUACAUGUACGUCUCACGAUUACCGCAAUGAAUGGCAAAGCAACUAGGAAUUUAAUUCAUUUUUCCAAUUGUUUGAACCUUUUUUGUUGUUUUUUUAUCUUUGCAAAGUUUAUUUAACAAAAUAAAGAGUAACCAAGAGUAAAAUUGUUUCGCUUGGUUUGGUGGAAAAUUUGUCAACAGUGUUUCAUUUUAGUAUCUACUUUGGACAUGUUGAACGUCCAGCGAAAUGCCGCCAUGUUGAAUUAUCACUUGAUGAUAAACUAAUUUGAAAGUUCGAAAGUGUACCUGUUUUUGUUUUUUUUGCAGUUUUAUUAGUUACAAUAUCAGUAGAGAACACCAACCAACAAAGGGUUUACAUCAAUACUGAAACCUCUGUAAACCGGAUACCCCUCAAAACUGGACUUUUUUCUUGGUCCCAUGGGGUUUCACUGUAUAAGUGGAAGGGAUCAUUAUAUUACAUAAUGCUGUACAUCUUGGCUUUCAUUAAAAAAAAGAUGAGAUUAUCCAUGAAUUUUCAUUUAAUUCAUAAAAUAAUUGAAAUGUACCUAGAACUAUACAGUGCUGUAUGCAUUUUUGUGCUGUGAAAUAUUUUAUGAAUCUUGUUGACAGACUCGAUCAAUCCAUUUCAUGGUGUAUCGUGGGUUGCUUAUUUCCUAGUUUGAAAAAUAUUUAAAUUAAAGGUUGAAUUAAAUGAAACCUCUGGAUAAUGGGAAUUUGCCUACCACUCCCACUGGCAUCUUAGGAAAUGUUGCAUUGGAAGUGGCAGUGCCAGUAGGUGUGACAACAUUAGGACAUCAGAGAAAUUGGUCCUACGGUAGGUGUGGACACAUUAGGACAUCAGAGAACUUGGUCCUACAAUGGGUCUAAUACAAGAGUGAACCAGAAUGUUUUUUUUUUAUUAUUAUUAUUUUUUUUAAUCCACUUUGACUUUAUACGUUAGUGAUCUGUUCUUUUUCCCCCCAUCUCUUUCACUAUUUCCUUCAGCUAUUUGAUCUAAAUUUAGAAAUUGAUGUGAUAGGGUUUACGGGACAGAAUGUAUAUAUACAAUAAUAUGAAAAUGUUAUGGAAUUAUUUGAAAUAUACAAAUGAAGAAAAGAAAAGUAUUGAGUUUGUAGAUUCUUUAUGAAUUGAAUUAAGUAAGAAAAAAGUUUUGUUACAAAAUGACUUAACAACUUUAAUUUUAAAUGCCAUAUUAUAUGAUGAUAAUAAAAUGGUAAAAUUGA